UUUGAAAAUUCUGGAAAACUCUCAGGUUUUUUAUAUUUUAUUUCGUAAUCAACUCAACAUUUGAAGCACGUUAAGGUAAUGUAGUUCAUUAUAAUCAAGUUUUGUUAUAAUGUGAAAGAAUCUGCAUCGCAGAAUGUGAACGUAACAAGUUGAACUGAACCAAAGUACAUCGCACAUUAACUGUUCCGCAUAAUGAACCCGUCGGGAUCUCAACGAUUACCAUCGUUUCGAGACUUCAGUGAAAUGCAGAAAGCUAUACCGCCGUUUACGAAAAGUAAGCUAUUGAGCAAGAAAACCUACGUGCCCAAUUUGGGCGUCUCUCGCAAAACACCGUCAACCCAAAUCAAAGAAGAAGCCGGUGCCGAAAAUUCUACUAAUAAAAGAGAUACCCCUCAGCAGCGUCGCGAAAGGAAACACAAUGUUGUACAGACCGAAGGAAUUUUCUCCUCCGGAAUCGACAAAGCUUCUCCGUCAUCAUCUGGAAAAUUCGGUGGCAAAUCUGGCGCCGCUUCGGGAAGUGGAUCUAUUAAAAAUAAACAGCUCAAAAAAGUCGUCGAAAAGCUCGACGGACAACGUAAAAGUAACCCGGAAAUGGUACCUCUCAAAGAUGUCUUCUGGGAAAGACGACCGGAAGAGUUCGAAAAACAUCCUGUAUCGGUACAAGAUUUACCUUCGGCGUUACCGUGGACAAGAAUAAAGAAAGGAGAGCCAAUAAAAAGUGAAAGUGAUACGAUUAAAGAUUCUCCUCUUCUGAAAGAUAUUCUAAAACCGAAUGACGAAGUAGCUCCGUUAUUCGUUCUGAAAACUCCGAAAUAUAUUCCCGCUGUCUUGGAUAAUUCGCAGAAUCCGAAAAUUAAAGUAAAAACAAACGAUUCGGAUACCGAUGGUUAUAAAUGUACCAUUCACGAUUUACCCGAGGGUCAAAUAGGCAAAUUGCAUAUUAUGAAAUCUGGUAAACUUAGAUUGGUGUUGGGCGAAUGUAAAUUUACUCUGCAACAAGGAGUGAAAGUCAACUUCAAAGAAGAAUUAGCCGUUGUAAAUGUAGACCCCAGUAAAAAAAUGAACGAAAUCGUUAAUUUAGGAGAUGUCAACAAUCGAAUAAUUAUGGUUCCUGAAAAUAUCACUGACUUGAUUACUGCUACUUGAUUAAGUUACGCGUUUUAUAAGGUUUUAUAUUGAAGUAUUUGAAUAAUUAUGUUCGUUUUUGUAUUAAAAUAAAUUUUUCAGUAAUU